GUUAGUUUCAUCGCGUUUAAUUUGCGACAAUGUUGUUUCACAUUGCUGCCGCGGCAGUGCUGACGAACAUCGCGUUUAUGGAGAUCUACUCGUUCUAUGAGUUGGCUGAUAACAUUGCGGACAAUUAUUACUAUCUGACGAGAAUGUACGAAAACCUGUUCAAGAGUCCUCUACACCGUGUCUUCGUAUACGGAACACUAAAACGAGGAGAACCGAAUCACAGUUUGAUUCAAGACACUUCUAAUGGGUAUGCAAAGUUCUUGGGACUCGGAAGAACUACUACUCCAUAUCCAUUAAUAAUUGCAACUCAUUAUAAUAUUCCAUUUUUGUUGAAGAAACCUGGCUUUGGUCAUCACAUAUUUGGCGAAGUAUACGAUGUCGAUACGCAAAUGUUAAAGAAGUUGGACGAACUGGAAGAACAUCCAACGUUUUACGAACGAUCAGAAGAAAAUGUGCUGAUUACUCCGGAGGCCAAGGCCAAAGCGAGCGAUAACUUUGAAGCGAUCAGCACCUUGACAAAGGUCUGGAUAUAUUUCCUACCGAGGUUCAGGGCAUCCUUAUUGGAGAGUCCCAUGUACAGCUCGUACAGCAACGAGGGAAGCCAUGGGCUCAAGUAUUGCGAAAAGUAUGUCCGCGACCCUUCGUAUGAUCAUAGAAGGGAACGAGGAGAGUACAAUAAGGCCGGAAGACCUGCUUUGACCAAGCUCUUUUGCAUAAAAUAUGAUGUUGCCCUCCCUCCCACCCCUCAUCAUCGUCGUAUGAACGUUUCAACUCUGAUAAUGUCUUUCUACGCAAUGAGACUUGCAAUGAGAAUUCUUUGUUCUUUUCUACAGGCAAUUAAGAGGGACUCCAGAGGAUUAAGUCGUUAUCUUCCUUUGUUAAUUUCCAUCGCAACGAGUUAACAAUUGAAGCGCCUAUUAUGAAUUCACGUGAACCGAACUGAAAUACCUUUCCGUGUAACAAUGAAAAGUGCAAUACCUAUGUACAGUCUCGAAAAUAUAUCUUGUAAUAUAUCUCUCGCGUAUAUUAGCGUAAUAAUGUAUAACUACUAUUUGCUAAAGACAGUUUUCCCUUUCUCUCACACACUCUCUCUCUCUUUUGUUUUUUUUUUUUUUUAUCAUUCAUUCGACAGAAAUCGGGCACAAGUAUUGCGAGUUUCGUUGAAACUAUCGUAUAGUAAUGAGAAAUGA